AUGGCGGUUGGAAUUUACCAAGACGGCGUCAACAGCGUCCACAGCUCUGCGGUGCCUCUAGUCCGCGAGCUGUCAAAGGACCAUGACUUGGUAUUGAAGACAUUCCGACUAUUGAUUGCAGAUCUCUGCCAGCAAUUCAAUGGCGGACACCCCGGUGGUGCUAUUGGUAUGGCUGCGAUCGGUGUUUCACUGUGGAGAUAUGUUAUGCGAUAUGCACCCCACACUCCAGGAUUCUUCAACCGGGAUCGCUUUGUCUUGUCAAAUGGUCACACUUGCCUCUUCCAAUACUCUUUCCUCCAUCUCACAGGCUACAAAGCCAUGACCUUUGAUCAGCUCAAAUCAUAUCACUCGGACCGCGUCGAUGCGCUGUGCCCCGGGCAUCCAGAGAUUGAGCACGAAGGAAUUGAAGUGACAACCGGCCCACUGGGUCAGGGUAUUGCGAAUGCUGUAGGAAUGGCCAUGGCGACCAAGAACCUCGCCGCUACCUACAACCGCCCCGGAUUCGAUGUGGAGGGUGUUGCUCUCGAGGCAAUUUCUUUGGCCGGACAUUUCCGUCUAAACAACCUCACUGUCAUCUACGAUAACAACCAGAUUACAUGUGAUGGAUCCGUCGACCUUACCAACACUGAAGACGUGAACACGAAGAUGCGCGCCUGUGGCUGGGAUGUGAUUGAGGUGGCAGACGGCUGCUUUGAUAUUGAGGGCAUUGUCCUUGCAUUGGAGCAAGCUCGUUUAUCAAAGCAAAAGCCCACCUUCAUUAAUAUCAAGACAGUCAUCGGUUUGGACAGCAGUGUCGCUGGAACUGCUGUUGCCCAUGGUGCUGCUUUUGGCGCCCAGAGUAUCCGUGAUAUGAAGGCUGCCUACGGCUUCAACCCGGAAGAGCACUUUGUCAUUGGUGAAUCUGUCCGUCAGUUCUUUGAGGGAAUUCCUGAGCGCGGAGAGCAGUGGGUGCAAGAGUGGAACCAGCUAGUAAACGACUACGCUGCUCAGCACCCUGCUCUAGCGGCCGAGUUCAUGGCUCGUGUCCGAGGCGAGCUUCCAGCCAACUGGGAGGAGCAUAUUCCUACCACCUUCCCUGAUAAACCCACUGCCACUCGUGCCGCGUCUGGCUUAGUUUUCAACCCAAUUGCCGAACAUGUCAACUCUUUUAUGGUCGGUACUGCGGAUCUCUCGCCAUCUGUAAACAUGAUCUGGCCUGGAAAAGUUGACUUCCAGCAUCCUGAACUUCGCACAACCUGCGGCAUCAAUGGCACUUACUCUGGGCGGUAUAUCCAUUAUGGUGUCCGUGAGCAUGCCAUGGCUGCCAUCUCCAACGGUCUGGCAGCUUACUCGCCAAACACCAUUAUUCCGGUCACAUCAACAUUCUUCAUGUUUUACCUGUAUGCCGCACCCGCAGUCCGAAUGGGCGCAUUGCAACACCUCCAGAUUAUCCACGUCGCCACCCACGACUCCAUUGGUAUGGGCGAGGAUGGACCAACCCACCAGCCUAUUGAGUUAGCCAACCUGUAUCGGGCUAUGCCAAACCUCCUUUAUAUCCGUCCUGGUGAUAGCGAAGAGACAGCUGGUGCAUGGAUUGCCGCUAUUGGCGCCAAGCAGACCCCAAGUAUCAUUUCUACCUCUCGUCAAACCUUGCCCCAGAUCCCACAGACACGUCGUGAUGGCGUAGCUCUUGGCGCAUACGUCCUGUCAGAAGCUGAAUCUGCUACUGUGACUUUGAUCGGUGUUGGAGCUGAACUUUCGUUCGCUGUGCAGGUUGCUGAGCAAUUGAAGGUGCAGAAAGGUAUUACCGCACGCGUUGUCAGCUUCCCUUGCCAGCGCUUGUUUGAGAAACAGUCACUUGAGUACAAGCGGAAGACACUGCGGCGACACCAGGGUAUACCGGCUGUGGUGAUUGAGCCCUAUGCGCCAAAUGGGUGGGAGCGGUAUGCAGAUGCAGGCAUCUGCAUCACGCGCUUCGGUCAUAGUUUGCCGGGCAAGGCGGCAUACAAGCACUUUGGGUUUGAUAUUGAUACGUUGACAACAAAGGUUGCCGGGUACUUGGAUCGGAUUCAGGAAGAUGAGUUCCUUCGUGGCGAGUUUGUUGAGCUAUGA